AUGCCAAAGCACGUACGAGUAAAAACGGGCUGCCUCAAGUGCCGAUCGCGGAAGAAGAAGUGCGAUGAGACGAAACCCGUCUGCCGCGGCUGCGAGCGCAAUUUCUUGGAAUGCACAUGGCCAAACACCAAUUCCCACCCAGUCUCCAUCGGCCUUGGCGGCUCUAGUUUCCAGUUCAGAGACAGAGGCUCCGAAGGGGAGCAUGGCCAGCCCAGUCCCCAAGUCCCACCCGACUGGCAACACGACCUCAUAUCAUUUCCACUUGCUUCUAACUCGCCAUUAGGCCAGAACCCAUCCCCGUGGGAUGCGGCUGUCUUCAAUCUGGACUUGACAACCCCUGCAUCUUCCCACAUAAUAGUCGACGACCACAGCGACGGUUCCUUUAUCCGUUGUCCAACUCGCUCACCACAAACAAUACCUGAUCCGGCGCUGGCUGGCCAUGUGCCCGAUGCAUCUGCCAACCAUGCACUCAUGGUAUCGCAACCUCUACAAGCCCUCGAAGACACUCCGCUCGGGGAGCCCAGGGCCUCUCCUUCGUUCUUCCCGAACCACAUGUCGUCUUGGGCCGACCAGGAUUUCCAUGACUUUGGGCAUUACCUCGUCAAGACCUCUGCCAGCAUGUGGUCUGGGUUCACCUCAUCGAACCCUUUCCUGACUUUCCUCGUGCCACUCGCCCUAUCCGACGACCUUCUCCUGAAUCUCAUCCUUACGCAGAGCGCCCUGCACAGAGCAAUAACUGCCGGCGUAGAACUUGCUACGACUGCUCAAAAGCACUACUACAAGUCCCUGUCCCUCUUUCGAAGAGCAGCAUAUGCUAGACAACAGAUAUCUGGUGCCUUUCGGGAUUUCAUUGUCGAGUACUACGUCUACGCAUCAACUGUAGCCGUACUCUGCAUGAACCCCGAAGGCAGGGCGCAGUUUGAGUUGCCCACUGCGAUUAAGGAUGAGGCUAGAAGAUUAGCAGAGUCGCGUUAUACUGGGAAUCUAUGCGGUUGCUGGUUAGAGCUCCUUCUUCUUAUUCCGGACAUCAUACAUUUUGACGCGGUCCUUCAUGCCGACCAGGAAGCCAAUGGCGGCGUGGGCUUUCCCCACGAGGUAUUUGCCAAUUUUGCCAAACUUCAAGUCGAUGUUCUGUCUUGGAGACCAACCUCAGAGGCCACGCCGGAGCAGGCCACGGCUGGUCGUCUAUAUCAGCAGGCGCUUUUGCUUCAUCUGUACACACGCCUCGUCGAGUCUGCGCCGAAUGCUCAGAGCUACUACCAAGGACUAGUGUCUGCAGCUGUCCAGGAAGGGUUAGCACUUCUGCACAAGUUGCCGCCUGGGAGACCGCUGGAUACGAUUCUCCCCUGGCCGAUCGCGGUAAUUGGGUCGUGUAUCACUGACGAGGAUCAGUACGAUGUGGUCCAAAAUCGACUUAUAGUCAUGGCCAACACGAUCGGCUUUAGAAACAUCGAGGGGAUCAUGAAUGCGUUGGCUCUAUUGCGAGGUAGUAAUGAGAGCGGCCAGGGGCCAGCUCCUAACGCCGACGGCGGGAGUCCGGUGGACGAAUGGGCUCCCUGGGCCACCUUCCUAUUUACGUGCUUGUAA